CACUCAGCUGAGCUUUCGUCAGUGAACUAAACAAAAGAACAGACAUUGUGCUUUUUAUUAUCUUCAAACGAUAGUAAGAACCUUAAAACGAUGGAGCAAAUCCAGCACAACUUCGUCACCGUACGAGGUCUGAAGUUUCACGUUGCUGAAAUCGGGACAGGUUCUAACGUCGUGGUGUUCUUACACGGAUUCCCGGAAAUAUGGUACACGUGGCGACACCAGAUGGUUGCUGUGGCAGAUUCUGGGUUCCGGGCUAUUGCACCCGAUUACAGAGGCUACGGACUAUCCGACAUACCACCCGAACCCGAAAAGACCACCUUUGCUGACAUCGUUGCCGACCUUGUUGCUAUCUUAGACCACCUCGGAGUCAAUAAGGUUUUUCUUGUUGGAAAGGAUUUUGGAGUCCGGCCUGCUUACCACUUUGCUCUUCACCACCCCGAUAGAGUCUUUGCUGUUAUAACACUGGGAGUGCCAUAUCUUCCCCCCGAGCCCCCGAAGUUUCAUCAGCCCCUACCUGAAGGUUUCUACAUAUCAAGAUGGAGGGAACCUGGACGUGCAGAGGCUGACUUUGGACGAUUUGAUGCUAAAACUGUUGUAAGGAACAUCUACAUACUCUUCUCCAGAAGUGAAAUACCAAUAGCAGCAGAAAACCAGGAGAUCAUGGAUUUGGUGGAUGCUUCUACUCCUCUUCCACCUUGGUUCACUGAGGAAGAUCUUGCAGCAUAUGGAGCUUUAUAUGAGAAAUCUGGAUUUAGGACUGCAUUACAAGUUCCAUAUAGGUCUUUUGAAGAAGAUUUUGGCAUAACAGAUCCAAUAGUUAAAGUUCCGGCAUUACUGAUUAUGGGUUGCAAGGAUUAUGUCUUUAAAUUUCCUGGGAUAGAGGAAUACAUAAAGUUCGGAAAGGCAAAAGAGCUUGUACCUGGUUUGGAUAUCAUAUAUUUGCCUGAAGGAACCCAUUUUGUUCAGGAGCAGUCACCUGAGCUGGUGAAUGGGCUAAUCCUUGACUUCCUCAAGAGCCACAUUUGACGGUGUUAGUUUGUGAAAUGUGUCUAAGAAUUGGCUGGCGUUUGUAGGAAUCUUUAAAUAUUGAAUGAAUAUGAAACUCAGUUAUUGUAAUGUAAUCCGGUGACAUCGAAUGUAUGUUUUCAUAUACUGGAAUAAAACACUGCCCUACCGGUAGUGGGCAGUAUAGCCUCGGAUUUU